AUGCCUAAAGAAUUUCACUACGAUGUUAUAAAACUUAUUCAUGGCGUUCGGGAACGUCCAUGUCUUUGGGAUAAAACAUUGGAAAAUUACAAAGACCGCGUAGAAAGGAGAGCUGCGUGGGAAGAAAUCUUCUGUCUUUUGGACCAAACUUACGAACAAAUGUCCCCAGAAAAAAAGAGAAUUACUGGUGAACUAAUAUUAAAUAAAUGGACAAAUAUUCGCGACACAUUUGUCAAGACUCUCAAGACAAAAAUGGGGAAGCCUAAAAAGAAAUAUCUUUUAUACGAUCACCUGAAAUUUCUCACAAAAGUAACACCAGAAGAGGAGACCACUGAAGAAUAUAACGUUGACGUCCCUAUUUCAUUCACUAAUGUUAAAACUGAAGAAAAGGUAAAACCAAGUUAUCACAUUAGAAAAAGAACGAAACACAUAAAUUACGACGAAGAGGUCCCCGACAAAAAGUCUUUAGUGAGAGAUUUCGAUACUAGUAAUGACUUGGAUCUUGUAGGUAUUGACGAGACGAAUGAUCCAAGAGUUAUGAAUGAAGAUGAGGCAUUUUUUGCGUCAUUGCUACCAACAGUUGUUAAGUAUAACGAAGAUGAAAGAUUAGAGUUUAGAAUAGAAGUCCUUGCUGUGAUGAAAAGAAUAAAAGAUAAUAGAAAAUGGCCUAAAGAUGAUUAG